AUGAGCGGCGCAAACGACAGUCCCGAUAAGAUUCGGCGGCAGGGCACUGUUCGGCUCGCUCGCGCGCACUGGAGCGGGUGCACAACCUCAACUGAAGAUAUGGGGGUGGUGUAUGGCUACAGUGCGUGGCAGAGCACAAGAGACGAGUGCCAGGCCUCGGGAGCUCCUGACGUAAAUAGGGAUGACGAGACAGCACCGAGCAUACCUCUAUACAGAGAAGCAGAAACGGCAAGCGCUCUGCGUCGCGCGCAAUACGAGUUCGUUUCCUCGGUCGACAAGGAGCGCGCAAGUCAACAAUGGGCCGCAAGGGCGUGGUGCAUGGCGUGCAAUGCGUCGAUAUGCAAUGGUCGCGAAAGGGACAGCUGUCUGGCAUCCCUCGAACCAGCCGUCGUCGGUUCCGCAUACCCUGGCCUCUUCCGCGACCCGCGCCUCCGCCUGCGCCACUGCGCCACGCCGCGACUUGAGAUGUGA